GAGUGUGUCUACAUGUUUCGCAAGCUGUGCUUCGAGUUUGUGAUGACCAUGCCCGGAAUGACCUCGGAGAACGAGGAGAUCUUGGGUCGCAUCAACAGCAGCAGUGUGGCCUUCGUGGCGUCGGUGUUCUUCGCGUUGCACAUGGCGUGCCAACCCUACGACAACAGGGAUUACUUCAUCCUGGAUCACAUCGAGACUGCCUCGCUGCGUGCCAUUUUGGUCACCGCCUUUCUGCAGUUGUGGUGUCUUAACACGAAUGAGGCGGAUGGCAUCCUCCAUAACACGUGGCUUCGGGAGGUCCGGAACGUCAUCUGUACUGUCGUGAUCCUCUUAUUCCACCUCCGCUUCUUCUGGCUCUUCUUCUAUGGAAUCGCCCGCAGGAGGAUCCAAUCAUGCAUCUCUGCGUGUCGAGGCCGCGACUUUUCCCACGGCAUCGUCAAGUUCGUCCCAGAUGGCUUGCAGCUACACAACCUCAACGGGAAGGAGGAGAUGCUGUUGAAGACGCUGGUCUCCGAAAUCUUCGAUUUGCACAUGCAAGCGAAGAGGAAGAUUGCGUACGACCAAUGGUCAGGCAGUUUGCAGAUGUUAUGCCUGGAGGCCAGGCGCCAGCACAUCGAGAACGAACUGCUGGCACUGGACAAGGUGGGCAACACCCUGCGAUCCUGGAGGGAAAUCAGCCGCAAGCUCUUCCAUGGCUCAAGGGUGGGCCUCAUCUUUGAGAGGAUCUUCGAUCGCAUGGAGAGCGCCUAUGGUUUGGUGUCCAAGAGUGGCAGCUAUGAAAAUUCCAAGAAACAGAAGGACAAGGAAUUGGAGGACCUGAAGAUCUUCUGUGCCGACUCCUUGAACAAGAUCUUGAACAAAGAGUUCAGAGUCGACGAGUUGCAGGAUUCCAUGCUGAGUCUUGGGAAGAGCAUCUGCAACAACAAACGAAUUGGUGGUUUAGGAGAGAACAUGAAGGUAGAGGAUGAGACCAUGUCGCAAGCGUUGGAGUUCUAUGUUGGGCCGUUGGACAUGGACGAACAUGUGGCCAUCGCCAUACAGGAGCGCGCCAACAUCAAAGAGGUCACCGAGCUUCGCAAGGAGGUUGACGAGCGGCAAACAGAGUGUGCCGAUCUGCGGCGGCUCCUGGGUCAGUACCGCGCCCAGCGAAAGCAGGGGCUGGGGACGGACGAGGAGCGCCCAGUGGACGAUCCCCGGGCAGAGCGACUGGAGGAGCUGGAAGUGCAGCUGAAGAAGAGCAUGGAGGCCCUUUCGGAGGCACAGGAGGAGCGCGACAAAACUCAGGCGGAGGUGUAUCGACUUCAGGGAGAUCUGGACAAAGAGGGCGAUCUCAAACAGGAGGCCAAAGGCGUCAUGGAGGAGCAGCAGUCCAAGAUCCAUUCCCUGGAGGAACAGCUGAGGAAGCUGCAGCAGCAUCGCAUCAGUUGUUGGUCAUGCCACACCAAGUUGCCGGAGGACGCGCAGUACUGCUACACGUGCGGGAAGGCGCUACAUGACGAGCUGUAAGCGGGCAGACGUGUGCCGCUUUGUGGUUGGAAGGUUCCCAGCUGCGACGUAUCCUCUCGGCAUACUUCAAUGGUUCCCAAAGAAUGGGGGAUUGAGCCAACCUGAGG